GGCAGCAAGCUACAAGUGACAAACUUUCUGUCCCUUUUAUUUUAUCCAAGCUCAGACUCAGCAGGGAGGGCCUUCCCGUUAUCCAGUCCCAGAACUACAUCAUACCAGUCAGUGAACUAAUUUGUAAGCGCAUACUCUUGAUCCCAGUAUUACACAUUCUAGAUUCAGCCCUCUCUGAAAAGCCCCACGUACGACCACAUGAGACUUUGGGGGGAACAUCUGGAUUCAGGCAUAGCAUCUAAAUUACUACAGAGUUCAUUGGGAUACAGACUGGAUUUGUCAUUUAAGAUCUUCCCCUAUGGACCAUUUCCAGGGACAGUAACACAUGGAGCUGUCAGCUCUAAGAUGACAGUGCUGCCUUCUGGAGCCCCUUCUCAAGGCCCUGCUUGUAAGCAGUGGAUCUUCAUGGAGGAACACGGAGUGACCCAAACUGAACACAUGGCGACCAUAGAAGCCCAUGCAGUGGCCCAGCAGGUACAGCAGGUCCACGUGGCCACUUACACUGAGCACAGCAUGCUGAGUGCUGAUGAAGACUCCCCUUCCUCCCCUGAGGACACCUCCUAUGAUGAUUCAGAUAUACUCAACUCUACUGCGGCCGACGAGGUGACAGCCCAUCUGGCUGCUGCAGGUCCUGUGGGAAUGGCUGCUGCAGCUGCUGUGGCAACAGGGAAGAAACGGAAACGGCCUCAUGUGUUUGAGUCUAAUCCCUCUAUCCGGAAGAGACAGCAAACACGGUUGCUUCGAAAACUUCGAGCUACAUUAGAUGAAUAUACUACUCGAGUGGGACAGCAAGCUAUUGUCCUCUGUAUCUCGCCCUCCAAACCCAACCCUGUCUUUAAGGUGUUUGGUGCAGCGCCUUUGGAAAAUGUGGUGCGAAAGUACAAGAGCAUGAUCCUGGAAGACUUGGAGUCGGCACUGGCAGAACACGCCCCUGCGCCACAGGAGGUUAAUUCUGAGCUGCCGCCUCUCACCAUCGAUGGGAUUCCGGUCUCUGUGGACAAAAUGACCCAGGCCCAGCUUCGGGCAUUUAUCCCAGAGAUGCUCAAGUACUCUACAGGUCGGGGGAAACCAGGCUGGGGGAAGGAGAGCUGCAAGCCCAUCUGGUGGCCUGAAGACAUCCCUUGGGCAAAUGUCCGGAGUGACGUCCGCACAGAAGAACAGAAGCAGAGGGUUUCAUGGACCCAGGCACUACGGACCAUAGUUAAAAACUGCUAUAAGCAGCACGGACGAGAAGAUCUCUUGUACGCUUUUGAAGAUCAGCAAACACAAACACAGGCCACCACCACCCACAGCAUAGCCCACCUCGUCCCGUCACAGACUGUAGUGCAAACUUUUAGCAACCCAGAUGGCACUGUCUCACUUAUCCAGGUUGGUACGGGGGCAACAGUAGCCACAUUGGCUGAUGCUUCAGAAUUGCCAACCACAGUCACUGUAGCACAGGUGAAUUACUCUGCUGUGGCUGAUGGAGAGGUGGAACAAAACUGGGCCACAUUACAGGGAGGUGAGAUGACCAUCCAGACAACGCAGGCAUCAGAGGCCACCCAGGCAGUGGCGUCCUUGGCAGAGGCCGCAGUGGCAGCUUCUCAGGAGAUGCAACAGGGAGCCACCGUCACCAUGGCGCUGAACAGCGAAGCUGCUGCCCAUGCUGUCGCCACCCUGGCGGAGGCCACCUUACAAGGAGGGGGACAGAUCGUCCUGUCUGGAGAAACCGCAGCAGCUGUCGGAGCACUUACUGGAGUCCAAGAUGCUAAUGGCCUGGUCCAGAUCCCGGUGAGCAUGUACCAGACUGUGGUAACCAGCCUUGCCCAGGGCAACGGGCCAGUGCAGGUGGCCAUGGCCCCUGUGACCACCAGGAUAUCGGACAGCGCAGUCACCAUGGACGGCCAGGCUGUGGAGGUGGUGACGUUGGAACAGUGACACGCAGCCAUACCAUGGCUUCAUUUUCUAGUCUACUUCAAAAUUUUUUACACGUUUUGCAGAGGUGCAAUCAAAUGGAAUUAAGUCUCUCGACUUUGGAAGAAAAGUUUUGGUAACCUUUUUUUGAAAAGGAAGAAAGGCAGCAGAUUUUGGAAUUGCAUUUUUUUAAAGCACCACUCUUGAUUUUCUGGGAUUGGUGGAGUAAGAAGCUGCAUUGUCAAUUUCACUGUCCCAAAAAAGCCAAAUUGUGGCAGGACUCCUUUCUGCAGACACGUGUGUAUACUUAUGUGCGUGUAUGUGUGAGUGUGAAUAUAUGUAUAUGUGUACAUAUGGAUAUACACAUUUACAUAUAUAUAUAAAGUAUAUAUAUACAUACAUAUAUAUGUAUGAAACCCGCAUGGAAUUCUCUGUAUGAAAUCAAGGUGAGCUGUGGAAAGGAUAAUCCACCCAGUUUAGUGGGUGAUAGGGUACGUGGCCAGACACAGUCACCUGGUUUUUGUUCAUACCAGGGUCAUGCGUUGAGCUACUGACAAACUCAGGCCGAGGUGACCAUGCUCUUCACCAAAGCUGCCUCCCAGCGGCCGCCCGGAACUCUCCCUGCUGGACUCAGCUGAGGAAGGAGGGUCCAGGACACGCCAGGGCCCAGGGUCGGUGGUCUGCCAGCUGGGACACUCUCGGCCAGCCCAAGUGCUGAGCUUACCUUGGGCGGAGGAAUGUCCCAAAAGUUCCGGGACAGGGCCAAGAAGAUGAUCCUCGGCUUCCCGCCUCCUCCCCUGCCCAGGAGCCCUCCUGGAACUCUUGACUGUUGAAGAGUUACUUUGGUUUUAAGGUCAGUCCUGACUUGGUCAUGUGUAUGAAUUGACGGGAACAGAAGUAUUAAGGGUCUGAGGAGUGCGUGCUGAGUGUGCCUGUGAGUGUGUGCGUGCGUCAUGGGGGAGAGAGUGGGAAGGGCUGCGAGGAGCUGGAAGCGCAAGGAAGGAGGGAGAGAAGUUCACAGACCAGGGUUCACCAAUGCGAGCCAUUUUCUUUAGCCGCUGGAGUAGCUAAACAGAGGAGACCCUGCGCCAGAAAGGGAUUCCUGGCGUGGGAAGGAUGGCGGCCCAACAGGGUGUCAGGAGAGGAGGGGCCUGGGUUCCUGGAUCCCCUCCUUCAGGGGAGGCUCCGCGAGGCCCUCUUGCCUGCCUGUGACCCAGGCCCCGACCGGCCUUCCCGCUCCGGGUGUGGGCUGACCUGGCCCUCGGCGCUGUCAGACUCUGCUUUCCCAGCGGCGGCCCUGAGUCUCGAGUGGAUAAAUUCACCUGACUUUUUGACAGGCCAAAUCUCUGCUCCUUGAGCACAGGGACAACACUUCCUCCCUCUUCCCAGGUUCCCCUACAUGUGUGAUAGUGUAUUUAAUGUGUUUUUUUUAUGCGAAUUAAAAGAUUCCUCAUGUCUUGCUCAGCCUUUGAGAAAAGUUUCAGAUUCUUGUAUUUGCUUGUUUUAUAUAAAACUAUCUAAUGUUCUUUGUAUGUUCUUUUCUGUACGUAAUGGGGGGAGGGAAGGGAAAUUUACAUAUGAGCAGUCCUAGUUCUACAAUUUGUUAUUUUUUUAAUUAUUAUUUUUUAUCGUCAUUGUGAAGCUGUCCAGGGCUUUAAAGUCCGUGUUCCUUUGUGGUGAAAUAACCUCCUAAUAGUUUGAGAAAUUGCCAAGAAGAAGAAAAAAAGCAAAACUCCAGUAGCAAAGCAUGGAUUCUGUGUUGUUUUCCAUUCUGUCUAUACUGCCUCAUUCAAUAAAUAGUUGAAAAUGUGGCAACA